AAGGUCAAGAAAAAGGGACGCAAACUGCCACAUGAUGGCAACAGCCAAGAUGAGGACAGAGCGCUGUCUCCUCACUCAGAACAUCAUGAAAUUCAUAACCAGACACGGGCUAAAUUUGAUGAGCUUCUGAAGUCAGCAAUGGACCAGGAUGCUAGUGGUUCUGGAAAAACUUCAAAGAAGAAGAAGAAGGCUAGAUCACAAACAGCAGAUGCUAUGCUUGAAUCACUGAAAAAGGGAGGCGACCUUGAGAAGUCUUUCAACGAGGACACCACAGCUCUCAACAAUACCUUCAAUGCAGAAGAUAGUCCACGCUACACCAAGAACACUACCAAUGCUAGACGGAAGAAACUCCCACCAAAGAAGGGCAAUGUGAACAGAGGCUAUGUUGAUGAUGAGGAGCAGGGUAUGGAGAUGACAGAGAUGGGAAAGGAUGAUGGAUUAAAGAAAAAGAAGAAGAAAACUGCGAAGAAAAAAGUCACAGAGGAGGAUGAAGAGGAGACUGCUAUAGAUCCUACUAUGACAGUAUCGGAACUGGAACAUACUCCAAAGAAACCCAAAAGAAGGAGAAAGAAAAACACAGAAGAAGAGGAGCAGGAGGAAGAACAGGUUGUCAAGGAAACAGAUGAAGAUCAAAUAGAUGGGGAAGCUGAAGAAGGAAACGGAACACCGAGGGGAAAAGGCAAAAAGAAAAAGAAGAAAAAGAAAUCCACCAAUCUACCUAUGCCUGCUGAUGACGGUCAAGUAUUGGGUGUGAUCAUUCAUCGAAGUGACCGUCUCAAACCAGACCUCUACAUAGCUCAUCCAUUGGUCAGAGUUCAUAUAGUGGACUUGAAGACAGGCAAAUAUGUAAUGAAAUCAAGCAGGGAGAGAGCUGUGACAUCAUACUAUGAGACGAAGAAUGAGAACUUAGAGUACAUCUUGCCAAUCCUAACCCAACCAUUUGAUUUCAAGAAAAGAAAAUCCAUGACACCAUGUUGGGAGGAUCAGAUUAUCUUCAAUGAAAGCUAUCAAUAUCUCAUCCAGGACAGAGAUGAUUGUCCAAAAAUAAUUAUCUUUUUUGAAAUUCUUGAUUUUGUUAGUAUGAAUAUUGCGAGUACCAGACCAAGACUUCUCAAAGGACAAGGUACAUGGCACAGAAUUGCAUGGGCAUUCCUCAAGCUUGUUGGAUCAAAUGGUGCUCCCAACACAGAGAAGAAAGUACGUCUACAACUCUUUUACCCACCCUUUGCUUACAAGGCAAAACCAGAUCAAGUUGAUGUGUUUCAAUGGUGGGAAAACAUUCAUCGUCAGCCCUAUCCAGCCACUCUCUAUGUGACAGUAAAGUCUAUCAAGCCACCUCAAGACAUCAAUCCAGCUACACGCUCUCUCUUUGCUACUCAAGAGGAACGAGGAUUGAUGACUUACAAGGAGUUGAAAGAGACCAUGUCACUGAGAAACAAAGAUCAAGCCCUUAGUCGAACAAAUGUUCCAUCUCUGUGGUCUAAGCUGCCUGGUCAGACUUGCCGAAUCCCAAAUAAAGAGAUCCUUUCAUUGGCUGGUGAUAAGAAAGGAUGUCAUGUGAUCAAGUUCUCUCCCGAUGGACAUCACAUUGCCUGUGGGUGUAAAGACAAGGAUGGAUAUCCAGUGAUAGUAUAUGAGAUACCGGAUGGAAGAGAGAAAUGCCAGUUUCCUGGUCAUUAUGGGUUGAUUUAUGAUAUCAGAUGGAGUCCCUCAGGAAAUGAUAUACUUACAGCUUCAUCAGAUGGCACAGCAAGAAUAUGGCACAUUGACAUGCCUGAUAGUGCUGCUCUGAAGGUCUUCCCACACCCAUCCUUUGUAUACACAGCUCGUUAUCACCCUGGCUAUGAGACCUUUAUCAUCACUGGUGGCUAUGAUAAUUUUAUAAGGGUAUGGAGCACUGAGAGCAACUCACAAACUGGAGAGUUGAUGUACGAAUUGAAAGGUCAUGAAGGCUUUGUCAAUAGCAUAGCCUUCUCACCUGAUGGGACCCACAUGUAUUCUGGUGAUAGUCAAGGGAGGAUCAUUGUAUGGAAGAGUGCUGGUUCUAAUGGUAAUUGGAUGAUAAAACAGCAUGUUGAUGAUAAAGAUGUGACGGGUGUUCCAAUAAAUAGUCUACAGGUUCAUCCUAGUGGGCGUCGUCUUCUUGUACACUGCAGAGAUAAUCAUAUACGUAUGCUGGAUCUAAGACUGUUCUGUAUGAUGCAGAACUAUGUAGGUGUAUUGAACUUUCGGGAGCAGAUCAGAAGUGUUCUAUCUCCUUGUGGGUCCUUUGUUUUCUCAGGCAGUGAGGAUAGACAUGGCUAUGUAUGGAAUACAGAUACUGGUGAGCAGGUAGCUGCAUACACACAGCUUGGUUACAGGCAACCUGUAUGUGAUGUAGACUAUCACCCUCAUGAACACAUGGUGGCGCUAUGCUCUCGUGGUGAAGGACAUCCAAUUCAAAUCUACAUCUAUGAUGCAAAGGUUGCCCAUUUGACGAUGGGUUUUGCCCGUACCAAGCUUGGGAAGGAGGCAGACGAUGGCAAUGUAACAGAGGAAGAAGAACGUCUGAUUGGUACACUACGGACUAAACAUGAUAUAGACCAGGAUAUAGAAGAUAAGAAACAAGAACGACUUGCCCGUGUUAAGAGAAAACUUGCCUCUGUUAUGGCCCUCAAACAAACACUGAAGGCCAUCCAGAAUGCACCAUCUGAUCCAAAUAAAACCAAUGUAUCCAUGCACACAUCUAGCUACACCCCCGCUGCAUCAUCAGCUCCAUACGAGACCUGGGGAUCUACAUUUGAUUACACAUCAACACCAUGGCAAACACAGACCCCUGGAACCCUUGGUUUUACUGGUGGUAGAGGAGGACCUGGAUGGACCAGUACACCUUAUAAGAAAGGACCUAUGCCUACUAUCAAUCUCAAUGCUGAAUCUGAUGGCAAAGCCAUAUUCACAUUCAAAGCACCCGUCGUUGAAGACAAACAGAAACAGUACAACAAAGUUGUUGCUCUAUACAACUAUCAAGCCCAGCGAUCUGAUGAACUGAGUUUAGAAGUAGGUUAUGAGAUAACAGUACUUCAUAAAGACAAUGAGAACUGGUGGAUGGGACAAUUAGCGAAUGGUCAACAGGGGUAUUUCCCUGCAAACUAUGUCAGCUAUGAAGGGGAAGAAGAAGACCAGACUCUGAUGGCAUCUCGUUACCAGGAGCAACUAGGGCUUGAUGAGACUGAUAUGGGUUCACCAAAGAGAAAGAGCCAGGUUAAAGGUCAACAUAGAGCUGGUUCAACACCGAAGAAGCUGUCCAAAGAUAGGUUUUCUGCUGUGACCACCAAGUCAGGUGAACUGAAGUUUAUAUCAGGAGCUGAAGAUAGUGAAUUAGAACUUACCUCAUCUCUUGCAACUCCAAAGAAGAAGAAAAAGAAGACUGUGAGAAUGGCUGCUAAUCUGGACCACAGCGAUGUAAUGACGACGGAUGGUGAAUCCCCACGCAGAACACGACCUCCCAAAGGUCACUCCAGGUCACGUGCAGCACCUCAUCUAUCCAACGAAUCUCAGCUUGAUGACUCGCAGACCUCUGUAACCAUGAAACCACCAAGGAGGAAGAAACUUAAUAUGGAUGACUCUGGGACAGAUGGGGGUGGGGUAACCCCUAGGAGUGCUAGGCUACGGAGGGGAUCAAGAGAAAACCUCCUUGGGGAGGGAUCAACGGGUAAGAAAGGAGGAAAGAAGAAAACCAAAACAAAACAUGUGGACAGUGAUGAAUCAUAUGCGUGACAUAUGGUGAAGGAACAAAUGUGAAUGGAAGGUUUAUGCUGAACUCAACACAGUUCUCUUUUGGGAACUCUUCGAUGCACCCUUUGGAGUCUGUUUAGUGAACUUAUCGAUGAACUUUUGCAAUUAACUCUUUGAUGAACUGUUGAAUGAACUCUGAUCUCUGAUCAAUGACCUCAUCAAUGAAGGUAAAUUGGAAUCAUUGUACUAACUGCCAUGUUGUAAAUUGUACAGUAGCUAUAAUUGUCUUGGAUUUCUUGAUACCUCUCCUCAUGGCUAGUGUAAAGCUUACAUGGUGCAACCAUGCCAAGUUUGGCCAAUUUAGGUGAAUUCUGAGUGAAAGUUAAGUCAUUGUGCACUCUCUUGUUCUGAAAGCAUUGCUUCUGAAUGCUGCAAGUCUUCAUCCUUUGGAAAGUGGUAGAAAGGGUGGCAUAUCGUGGAGAAGAAAGAACACAGAAUCAAUAGAUUCCUUUGCACUCUUGACUUUAUUGGUGUGGGUGUCUUGUUUCUCAAACAAAUUUAAAUUAAACAAGUUUUGAGACUGAAUUAUUCAUAAAAGUAUUAGAAGAGAGAGGAUUGUAAUAAAAUUAUUAAUACUGUACUUGAAAGCAAAAUUCACAAUUGGCUGCUUGACCACUAGAAUUAAGAAGCAAAUCAUGCAUCAUAAAAUCAUAAUUAAAAAAUAAAGAAUGUACAUUAAUAUUACUGAAAUAGAUACUCACCUUCAGUGAGUAUGUAAUGGAGCACUAUGAUCUAACAAGAAGGGAGAUAUAUAAAUAUAUUUAUUUCAUUCUGGAUUUUAAUUUAAUUGACUGACAAUUAUGAGUUAUGAAAGAACAGACUAAUUGAUGGAAGUUAUUUGUUUUUAUACUGUUUUAUACUCAUUUUUUUACACACAGAAACAUUUGAUGUGCAUCCUGUAUAUUAAUAGUGAUGUGUUUCAUUUUAAAAAUAUGGCCAUGGAGGCAAACUGUUUAGUUGGUUCAUUUUACACUUCUAACUGACUACUGUAGUAUAUUAUUUCAGACUAUACAAGACAUUCAGACUAAUCAGUGAAAUUUUAACAAAGUUUGUAUUCAGUACUCAGCGCAGUAUUCUAUUCAUUCUUUUGGCAUUAUUCGAUAAUUGAAAUCAAAAUUACCUUGAAUAAUUGUGCAUGUACAUUUUAUUUAUUAUUAAUUGAAUAAUUGAACUUGCCAAAAUAUAAAGCCUGUAAAUAGAAUGUAACUUAAUGUAUUUAUAUCUUUGUAUUAUUAACAGCCUCAUUUGUAAUAUUUAUAUUAAUUUUAUACCUCUAAAAAUCAUAGAUUUUUUUUCAAUUUUUCCAUUCAUAAAUUACUGUCUCAACAUUCAUAAUAAUACUUUUGGUAAAUCCUCUUCCUCUUCCUGAGCAUGGGAAUUUUAUCCUAGUGGCACCCUUCAUGGGUUACUAUUUUUUUUAAUUAUUAUUUCAUCUGUGGUUUAUGUGAUUCUUUAGCCCUUUAAAGUAGAUAUUGUGUUUAUGCUAUCAUUGCUAUGCCAAAUAUAGAUUUGUUAUUGCCUUGUCUUUUGUGUUGGCUGGAAAGUCGACCCAGACAUUUAGUUGGUUUUGAAUAAAACAAAACAAUUGAAACAUUAUUAAAACUUUAAGAAAAACCCAUCUAACGCUAUGAGAGUUUUACAUGAUAUAACCUGUGUAGCUCAUAUUUGAUAGGAAAUAUUAUUUCAUGAAUGCUUAAAUUACCUCAUUAAAUAUAGUGGAAUAGAAAUUUAUAGAAUUUGGAUACACAGCUUAGCACCGAAGUAAUGUCAGAAAAGUGAAACUUUGAAGAAGAAAAAAGUGAUAACUCUGUUAUGCUAUGAUGGAUCUACACCACACCAUUAAUAUAUUUAUCUUGUUUCUUUAGAACUGCUUUUAUUAAGCCUAAUUUGACAGCAGGGUGGACUUUUACUGUGUUAUUAAUUACUAUUAUUACUUAAUUGAUAUUUGACAACUAAUGUUUAGGGCAAGUCCUUAAAAUAAUCAAAUUUUUUUGUACAUCCGAGAUCCGACCCCAUUUUCUCAAGUUUUACUUCACUUCAUAAACUGACCAAGUCAUGUUCAUUUGAAGAGCAUUACAGAAUGUCAAAAGAACCAAAAAUCAGAGAUAGAAAUAUUCACGAAGGUCCCACUUGUAUGGGGUUGGACGUACAUAUUUUAUGGAAUUGCCCUUUACAUACAAAUAUUAUACCUUACACAGUGGCAAUUUCUUCUGCUAUCACAGUAAUCCUUGACUUUGAAUGUUAAUAAACUAUUAUAAGUACUAGUAUAUGAUCUGAAUGCCACCAUUUCAUAUUAUAAAUCUAUCAUAACAAAGAUUAAUAUUCACUUAUUUUAAAUGAUAGUACAAUGAGCAAUCCAACGGGGAUUGUAGCUCAUCAGACCGCUCACCCAAGCUUAUAAAGAAGUUCAAUAAUAGUACUUUGUAAAAAUGUUUUAUAAGUCUAUCAGCUUUCUUUUCUCAACUACUGUAUUGUUCAUUUUGUACAAAUGAAGAGGAAUCAUUUCAAUAUAUGCAAUUUCACAACAA